AUGGCGGAAAAAUCUCACCGUCCAUGUGAUCUGAAGUUAGAUGUAAGAUCGAUUUCUCCGACAGAAGACAGCUCUGGAAGCUGCGAAAGGUAACUUCUAGUCCUGUUUACAUUGUUCUCUAACUAUUCACUGAAAUAUAGUUUCUCUUAUCGUUUUUCUUUUCGCAGUAUUGGCGAUGCCCCUCCUCAAACCCCUAGCUCGCCCUUGAAAAAUAAAUCCGAUAAUGUCAGGGUGUUUCGACGUUCUAACAGAACAAUUUACACUGCAGGUGAGCGUUUUUUGACAACAAAGUCCACGAAUCAUUAAUCCACGUGAAGAAAUUCGUAUGUCAUUUCAACUGUGGUCGCAUGUUUGCGUGUAUGUGCUAGCACGUGCAUGCGCGUAUCCUUAUGUGAAUUUGAUAUAUUUGCACUGGAUUGACACGCCAGGGAUUUUUACAUCAAAUCACCUUGUCCAUUUUAGUGAUGAAUUCUUAGUUGAGAGUAUUUGUUUCUGAGAAACAGAACAGGCCAACUGGAAUUUCCUCUUUUACGGAUUGGGAUCUAUAUUGGGCAAGUUUCAUUUUAAUAAAAGUAAAAGGUUUUUUUAAAUUUUAGGGUCUCUUUUGUGACACAUUACCUUGCGAGCAGAGGCCCUUCGAUCUUCCUAGAUAAGUCGGGACUUAUCUAGGAAAAUCAAAGGGGCUCUGCUCGCAGAGUAGUGACCCGUUGGCCUUAAAUCAUCAUUUAUGACCAGACUUGAGCAGUGUUUUCCAAUUUAAUUUAUAAAGUCAUCAAUGUUGCAGACAUUGAAGAUUCAACUAUGAAAUGCUCCUAGCAGGAUUACUGCAAAGCCAAAAUCCACAUUUAUGUGAGGAAAUGUAUUAGAACUCUAUCAAAUUCAGCCUCAAGGACCUGGAGGUACACCCUUCUCCCAUUCUCAGUGUCAUAAUAAUAUUGAAAUUCAUUCACAUGUCAAAUCCAAUCUCAUUUGGGACUUUACAAAACAAUGCAUUCUUACUGUUUCCUACAAUACUUUUCAAGGUACGGUGAAACUCUGGUGUAAAUAAUUCCUGGUGUAAUCAAUGCCAUUCCCCACCUAGCCUGCAUUACAGACAGUCCACAACACCAGUGUAGUCCGUGUUUGGACAGAUAUCUGUACCAGUUUCCCACUGGCUUUUUUCUUACCUGCUUUGUGAUAGGACAUUAUCUUCUGAAUUAAAAGAUUAUGCAGUGUUGAAAACUAGUCUUUGUACUUUGCUGGAAGUUGUGAAAGGAUGUUUAUCAUUAUAGAAGAGCAGCAUUUGUACCUUUUGGGUACAAAUACUGGCUUUCCAGCAUGAUCACCCUAAAAGAGACUAGAACCUCUGCCAAGCAAGAUGAUGAACAUCCUCCAACCUUAUCCCCAGGGUAUUUCCCUUAGGAAAUGAGAGGGGCGGGCAAGCCCCUCCCAUUUUCACAGGGAAAAGCCCCAGGGAUGAGGUUGAAGAAUCCUCAUCACUCACUUUCAAAUGAGAGACUGCCUCUCCCCCCCCCCUGCCCCCAUUAAGUCCUCAUACAUUUUCAAAAUGAAAAAAGAGAGAAAUUUGUCAAUUCAUGGACAGUUAUCAUUUUCAUUCCAUGGCUUAAAUAAAAAAGCUUUAUCCAAGGCUGUACUCUGAGAAAAAUUGAAGGGAGCCCAGGCUCUGAACUUGUGAAAUCCAGUGUGCCCAGCAUAUGAUUUGUAUAAAAAAAGCAAAGAUUUUCUAGUCGCCCAAGAACAAAAGUUAGUUGCUACAGGCCAUCGGGCUCUGCUAGAGCCAGGGCUCAAAAUAACGGCCGGUCAAUGGACAAUGUCCAGCCUGAUUGUGGACUUGACCGGUCAAACUCUCAUCUUGCCAGUUAUUUUGACCGGUCAUUUUUGGAAGCAAACCUCUUAAAAUAUUUUCCAUAUAGUUGCUACUUAAUGCGUUUUGUUCCAUAACACUGUAAUCAUUUUUCCUUUGCCUUUUUUUUUUCAUGCUGUGCACUAAAACUUUUAAAGAAAAUGAAUGCCACAUUAAAUUUCCUGUGGUCAUGUAAUGAAACGCGACAAAAUGAAACAACAACAAACUGAGUUGUGGAGUAAUGCAAUGAUGCUGUGAAUCGUACUGUUCUUUCCGCUUUGCUGUGGUUAGUAAUGUGACCUUCUUUGGGAAAACAUACACGUUAUUUGUUAGAAAACUAAAGGAUAGCUAACAGUUUUUGUCAAUCUAACGUUUCACAUCUACUUGUAAGAGGUUUGUGAAAAUCACCUUUGAUGGAAUUUGGGUUAAUCUAUCGCAAUUAUCCACGUCCUGUAGUUUCUCCAGGAAUAAAUUUUAGCGCAUCAAGUAAUUGUAUAUAAUUUCUUUAUGUCGAACGUGAAUCUCGAACAUGAAUCUCUUAAGCUUAUCAAAAAGGAAUGUCGCCUAUCUCGGCGCUUAAAAUCCUCCUUCUUGUAAACAGCUUUAUGCAAAUUUCUGUGGACAUUUAUAAUGAGCCCUUCACCAUAAAGUGUUGCGCGAUGUACGACCCAACAAAAGCUCUCCUGUAUAUUUAUUGACUUCUGAUGAUAAAUACGCUGUUUGUGGAAUGGAUUUCUCGCCAGAAUCAACUUCUUCGCCCAAAAUAUUUAGUGGAGGAGACUUUCAAUCACCUGCCGGGCAACGAAAAAGAUCAACUUUCACCGAUAUGCAGCUGUGGGACUUGGAGACUUGAGACACUGCCGUACGAUGAUACUCAAAGUCAAAGUAUAUAUAAACGGACAUGAAAGCGGGGGAAAACCCCGGAAAGGAACUCAACAACUUGUGAAUGAAUAUCACCAACGUGCCGCUAAAAACCUGAACGUCAAUGCAGUACAACGAUCUAUUGCCAGUGUAAUUUGAUAUUCCAUGUAAGGAAAAAAAAUCAUUGUAUUCAUUAUUUGACCGGCCAAAAUCCAGGUUUGUCCGGUCAAAAAAUUAUUUGGCCGGUCAUCAUGACCGGCGACCUAUUGUCCGUUAUUUUGAGCCCUGAGAGCACAGCCUUGUCAUCUUCUCUACAUUCCACCUGUGUACAUGUUAGUCAUUAUGAUACAAGAAAACUUUCCAUUUCUGAAAGGACCUUAUACACCCCUGUAGCUAGUAAAACAUGGUUUGCAGGGUAUGAUUGUUAAUAUGAUUGCUACAGUUGCUAAAAAAAAGUUUUAAAGCAAUCUGAGCAGUCUUAGCAAAGUACAGUAGUGAUAAUAUUAUUAUAUGACAGCCAGGAACAAAGUAAAAGUGAAGUCUAUUUGAUCACUAUAAUUAAAUAUUUAUUUUUUUAAGACUAUUGUUUCCAAGUAAUCCCUGCGAAUGCUGAACAAACUUUCAGUUUGUGAUCUUUGCUGUCAUUGCAGCAGUGGUAGCGACCCUAUGGAAACCAGCCUUAACUAUAAAAUGGUUAUUACACUAUAAGAGAGACAGCUGUAUUUUUUUUUUCUGUGAUAAAAGUUCAUUUAUCCUGCUUUUUGCAUGGAUUAAGAUGCAAAAUGCUAUUGCAGUAGAGCCUCAAUGGCUCGAACUUCGAAAAACUUAAACUCAUCGGCGGAUCAAACUAAGUCAUAUUUCCCUUGGAUUCCACCCCACUUUUCAGUCAUUUUUGCUUGAAUAACUCGAAUUCCCAGCUAACUCAAACUAACUCGAAAUCUUGUUCUUGGAACCCCACUUGGAUGCCAUCUUUUUACUCUUCUUGUUUUAUAAUCUGUAAAAACACUAAAAUUAACACUACAGAAAUUUGAUCUUAAUUGGUGCAAAGAACAGAUCAUGUUUUAUCACAAAAAUUCAUAAUCAUGUUACGCUUUCAAAUGAAAUAAGUAAAUUUGCACUAUACUAUACACUGAUGUGCAGGGAAAUUUAUUAAAAUGCCAAAUUGAAUAUUUAAUCAAUCCUGAUAACUCAAACCCUCGCUAACUUGAUCUGUUUUCCCUUGAGAGUUUGAGUUACAUGGGUUCUACUGUAUUAAUAAGUUCUCUAAAGAAAGGUAUCCUAAGUGACAAUCAUAGGUUUUUGGCCCAGAUGUUCCUAAACCUUUCAUUGCAUCCUUCAAUAUUGGUUCAGAGGAUGUUUCUGUUUUUCAUUCUUUUUGCCAGGUUAAGGGAUGUUUUUGACGAAAAAAGUUUAUGAAGAUAAUAAAAGCAGUUUUACACUGUAUUAAAGGAUCUUUUCAUUAAAAAGCAUUUUUAAUUUUGUCUAAACAAUGUUAUUUAAGUGAGUUGAUGCUGCACCUCCAAGGAUUUGUUGCUUUGAGGGGAUGAAUAAAUUGCUAAUUUUUUUAUCACAGCAUUAGCAGCAGUUCUGAUAAUGAAACUGCUACUAUCCCUGAGGAAAAUGACUUUUUGCUUCCUUAUUGGUCAAGUUGUGGUGAAGCUUACUUAUCAAAGUUAAAAUAAAAUUAGGUAAUGAUCAGGCAGUACAAAUCAAACUAGUGAUUAAUUUUCUUGUUAUAUUACUAUAUUUAAAGGCAGUGUUAAUUUUGUUUACGAUGCUGGUCUCAACAACAUUAUUUAUUGGAGUAAUGUGUUUGUCUUCAUGUGUAAGAGCACGCUUAGCAUAGAGAGAGACUGUGUUUACGCCAUGACUUUUUUCAUGUCUUGCAACCCAUGCUGGCAGAAUGUAGUUUUUGCUAACUACUGUAUCUCAAUAUUUUGUUUUUCUGCAGGCCGUCCACCUUGGUAUAAUUUGCAUGGAGAACUUAAAGAGCCAUUUGUCAUAGGUGUGUUAUACCAAAAUAUAUAAUCUGUUUUAGGAAAUUGCAUGUCAUGUAAGUGUUAUUGAUAGCCUUUUUAUAAGGAUAUAACAAAAUUACUAAGAAUGACAGAUUUAAAAGGCCAAACAGAUUAAAAGCAAGCCAUAAAACAGCAUUAGAAAGGAUAAUCUAGAUCCUUUUAUAGGCAUAUUGUGGUUCAGACACUUUUGGUUUUUGAAAUUCUCAAACCAGUUUAAGUUUUUCUCCUUUGUAUCAUGAAUCUGACUUAAGGGAAAAUAAAAAUUAAACUUGUAUGAU